AUGUCCGUAAGACCAGAUGACGAGUACGACUAUCUUUUUAAGAUUGUUCUCAUAGGAGAUAGCGGGGUGGGAAAGUCCAACCUGCUCUCGCGCUUCACACGGAACGAGUUCAAUCUAGAGUCCAAGUCAACGAUUGGCGUUGAGUUUGCAACGCGCUCGGUGCAAACCGACGGUAAAGUGAUCAAAGCGCAAAUCUGGGACACUGCCGGGCAGGAGCGCUAUCGAGCAAUCACCUCAGCAUACUAUCGGGGGGCUGUUGGCGCCCUUCUCGUCUAUGAUAUAUCGAAGCGGUCGUCGUUUGAAAACGCGGAACGGUGGCUGAAAGAACUGCGAGACCACGCUGACCAGAACAUUGUGAUUAUGCUCGUUGGCAACAAGUCGGACCUGAAGCAUCUUCGAGCUGUGACCACGGAGGAGGGUCAGCAGUACGCAGACGCAAGGGGUCUAUCGUUUAUUGAGACGAGCGCACUGGACGCUUCGCACGUGGAGGAGGCCUUCGUCCGCAUCCUCACCGAUAUUUAUCGCCUAGUGCACAAGCGCCAUCUGGCCAGCGGUGAUCCGACAGUCGCUAAAUCCGCCUCGGGUGCUGUCUACCAAGCGGGGCGUGGCGAGACGAUCUCCGUCGGUAACUUGUCCCAUGAUAAUCGCUCGUCGAAGCGCAAGUGCUGUAGUUAA